CUGCCUGCCUGUGCGGCGGGGCCCGCCUCCCGGCCUCGUGGACCCCGCCGCCCGUCGAUACUACCGAUGCGCGCGGCCGCGGCGCCACCACCCCGGCGUGUAUAAAGCGCUCGCUCCGGCCAAAGGCCACUCUGCUCCAACUCCAACCUACCCAGCAGCGGCCAGGCCAGCCACCUCCCCCCGUCGCUCUCACGCUCUUCGUGCCCGCCGCCUCCUCCCCUCUCCGUGCCCGUCUGACCAACAUGGCCUCCAUCGCCGGAUCUUCCGCCCUCUCCUUCGCCAGGCCCGUCAAGGCAAUCAACACGAAUUCUCUAGCUUUCUCCCCAGUGAAGAAGGGUAACACAUUCCUCCGCCUGCAACCAGUGCCUAUGAGAUCUGUUUCCUGCGCUGCCAAGAAGGAUACAGUGGACAAGGUUUGUGAAAUUGUAAAGAAGCAGCUUGCUCUUCCUGACAACACUGAUGUUUGUGGUGAAUCCAAAUUCUCUGAACUUGGCGCGGAUUCACUGGACACGGUUGAGAUUGUGAUGGGCCUCGAGGAGCACUUCGACAUUAGCGUGGAGGAGUCCAGCGCGCAGACAAUCGCAACCGUUGAAGAUGCGGCUGACCUCAUCGACAAGCUUGUUGCUGGGAAGGCAUAGAUCUGUAUCUCCUACCAUUGUCCUACCACUCUAUGUCUCUCCAUUUGAUCUAGGUUUCUGUGGUCUGAAGACUUGGUGAUUUUCUCCGCACUGCUGUUGUUAUGCCCGUGUGGUAAUAAUACGAGAUGUUUUAUUAAGCGGUUGAACAUUACGGUGGUGUAAUCUGUUACUGCUAAGGUGCAUUGUUGUAUGAAUUGUUUCUCCCUCAGAAGAAGAAUCACACAAUCCGGGAUUCUACGAUGA